AUGGGUGGCUCUGUGGGGACCGAUGUCAAUGGAAGCGAUGUGCUCUCUGCUCUGAAGUUGGCACAGCAGGCUCCCGCCAUUCUCGGCCACGGCACUGCGCCGAGCACCAACAUCCCGGCUAAAGUCUCGCGGGAUACAGUGGAGGAAUACAGCCGGCUUGAACAAUUGUUUCUGGCUUGUCUACAGACUGGUGAUGACAAAUCUGCGCAAGAAUGUCUCGAUCGACUCAGUCAGCGAUUCGGGCCCGCCAAUGAAAGAGUAAUGGGUCUUCGCGGCUUGUAUCAAGAAGCGACUGCCAAAGACACGGCCGCUCUGGACAAGUGUCUGGCCGAAUACGAGAAGAUUCUCUCAGAAACACCCGUCAAUGUGCCAGUAAUGAAACGCCGAAUCGCUCUUCUUCGGUCCUUACAGCGGCCCACAGAUGCCAUUGCUGCUCUCAUCCAGCUUCUCGAUGCUGUACCUACUGACGCCGAGGCUUGGGUAGAGCUGGCCGACCUAUACCAGUCGCAGGGCCUGGGCGCACAGGCGAUCUUCAGUAUGGAGGAAGCUUUGCUGAUUGCUCCCAACUCCUGGAACAUUCAUGCGCGACUGGGUGAAUUGCUCUAUGUCUGCUCCUCAUCUUCCGAAGGCGAUGCAGGUCGACUUGCUGGCAAGUCUGUUCAACACUUCUGUCGUAGCAUCGAGCUUUGUGACGAUUAUCUGCGAGGAUAUUACGGAUUGGCAAUGGCUACUUCCCACGUGCUCGAAAACAAGUACGCGCCCGAGAGCUCGGCUGAUCCGGCCGUGCCUUCGCGGCGUACUAUUGAACAGCUCAAGGAUCUUGCGCUGCGUCGGUUGGAACAUCUUGUGCAAUCCCGCUCGGUGGACGAUCAGAAUUGGGUGUCAAGUCGGGGAGAAUUGAUUGCAGCCAAGGAGCUUCUCAACCGCUACUCGGCGGUUAAAUAG